AGCCUUUAUGUUUAUUUGAUGAUAGUUCAUCUAUAAAUACUGUGAAGAAGUCAAACAAGCAGCUGCUGUCACAACACAUUCAACUACUCUACUAUUCUGAUCCACUGUUGUAAUGAUGGAGUGUGUUAAAGAGGAGACUGAUCCUGAAUCAUUCACAAUAACACCUCAACAUACUCAACAACAAAGAGACUCUGUGGAAGUGAAAGAGGAAGAUCAAGAACACAAGGACGUAAAGGAUGAAGAUCAAGACCACAAUUUUAUGACUGACAGCUGCUCAGAAACGGAUGAGAAUUCCUCUCAAGAAAGAGUUGAAGCCACAAACCCUUUUGCAUGCCAUCUUUGUGUUAAGAGUUAUUCAAAAAAAGCUCAACUAACGCGUCACCUAAGGAUUCACACUGAGACGCCUCACGCAUGCUCCCACUGUGAGAAGACUUUCAUCCGUAAAAGUAAACUUGUGGAUCAUAUGAGGAUUCACACAGGUGAGAGGCCUUUCUCAUGCCAUCUCUGUGAUAAACGUUUCAUUAAUAUAGGAAGUCUUAAUUAUCACGUAAAGACUCACAGUACUGAAAGUCCGUACGUCUGCCCUCAAUGUGGAAAGACUUUCACAUGUAAAGAAUAUCUUCAUAAUCACAUAGCAACUCACAUUCAGACAAAACCUUUCUCAUGCCCUCAGUGUGGAAAUAAUUUUUCAUGCAAGAGAAACUUAAAUGCUCAUGUGAGACGGCACACCACUAGUGAUGGCCCGUACCCCUGCUCUUAUUGUGGAAAGAGUUUCUCAUUUAAAACUCAUCUACAAGAACACAUACGAGUUCACACUGGAGAGAAACCUUUCACAUGCCCUCAGUGUGAUAAGAGCUUUAAACAACCGGGAGCUCUUAGGGACCACAUACGAGUUCAUACAGGUGAGAGACCUUACUCAUGUCAACAGUGUGGUAAAAGUUUUAAACAACAAGGAGCUCUUGGGUAUCACAUGCGAAUUCAUACAAGUGAGAGGACUUUAUCAUGCCAUCUGUGUGAUAAGAGGUACAUACAUGCAAACAGUCUGAAAAUUCAUCUGAUGAUUCACUCAAAUGAAAGACCUUUUAGCUGUGAUCAGUGCGAUAAGAAGUUUGUUUUGGCAUCUUUGCUAAAAGAGCACAUAAAGACUCAUUCAGCUGAGAGGCUGUAUUCUUGUUCUGUUUGUGGGAAGAGUUUUCUAUCACAAAAAAAAGUUAAAGUGCACCAGAAAAUACAUACAGGUGUGAAAAAACAUGUGUGCUCUGUGUGUGAUAAAGCCUUUCUGAGAGCCCCAGACCUAAAGCGACACCAAGAGAUUCAUAAGGAAAAAUCCUAAAAGUGCUCACAUUGUGGAAAUAAUUUUAUUGAGUCUGGGAAGCUGGUAAAACACCAGUGACUAAACUGAAAGGGUUAUAGGGUUAUCUUAAUAAAGAAUCCAGAAUUGCGCUGGGUUAUAUUAUUAAGCUGCUGCUUGUUAUGCUGUAUUAUAACACAGGCCUGUUAAUUGCUGUAUUCUGAUUGGUUGAGAAAUGGUCCAUGGGUGUUGAUUAUUUUUCUGUAUAACGCACACCUAAUCUGUCAAAUGU